AUGAACCAUCAGCAAAAUAACGAAUCGGGUAAACUCCGUCGAAAUAAAGCUACAACAUUUGAGGAAACUAAAGGUAACAGUAUAGUUUUUUCAUAAGAAAAUUAAAAAAAAAAAGAAAAAGUAUCUUAACUAGAGCAAAUAAGAGUUUUAAUAAUCGGAAGAAACCAAAAAAAAAAUACUCAUGUGAUUUUUAUUGACACGUUUUUGUCUUGCAGCAUUCUUCGAUCUUCAGCAUCAUUUCGUUUUUUGCAAACAAAAAGCGCCAGUUGAUGGAAUUGCGUCAAUUAAAAGGGAUGGAGCAACAAUAAGGUUUGGAAAUUUUAAUUUGGAAAAUUUUGAACUGGGUUUUCUUGUGUGAUUUUUAAAAAGUGUAGAAAAUAAGAAAAUAGUUUUGAAAAUGAGCCCUGAUUGAAGCUGUUCAGUUCAUAAGGAAUCUUGAAAUUCUAAAGUUUCUAAUGUGAGACUUAUUUUCAAUUUUUUUUCAAAAUCAAAUAAAACUUUUCCAGUGAACAUUCUGUUGUGAAAUAUGCGAAUGAUGAACGACCUGAUGAAAACGAGGAACAAAAACUUGAAGAUAUUUUUAAAACAGUUUCACGGAUAGGAGUUAGUAAGUAGCUUUUUUAAAAUAAAUUUUAUGUAUAACCCUAAAUUUUUCCAAAAAAAACAAAUAUUUUUUUCAGAAGAACCAAACAUGGUUUAUACACAUUUAUUACAAUUGUCACAAUGUUAUGAAGCGAUGGCUAGAAAUAACAAACUUAUAGUUUUCACAAAUGAUAUUUCUGUACGGAAGGCUUUCAAUGGUUUAGUUUAUAAUUGUGAGUUCUCCUUGAAAAUUUUCAUUUGUAUUUUAUUCCAAAAAAAAAAUGAUUCUAGGUAUGAGAACGGGUCUUGUUGCGAACGCAAAAACCUUGGAAAUAACUGGUGUUUUAUCGGUCACUGAUUUCAUCAUGAUUUUGAUGAUGCUUUGGAAAUUUCGGGAAAAUUUGGACGAUCUCAAAGGAACGCCAUUGAGUCAUGAAGAUUUCAGAAGAAUGGAUAUUGCUUAUAUGCCAAUUUCGAAAUGGAAAGAGUGUUUGGAAAGUAAAGGACAAUUGAGACCUUUCAUUAAAAUUGGGUUGAAAGAGAGGUAAAUUUUAGAAGAGAAUGUAACUUGAAAAAAUCUGGGGAAUUCUGAAAGUCGAUUUCAAAAGUCUUUUUGAUAAUCAAAACAUUCAAAUAGAAAUUAAAGUCCGAUACUAGACUCCACUCAAAAAUUGGGCUUCAGAAAAUUAUUCUAUCUUUCUUGGGCCAUUUUCCAAUCCACCCCGAACCCUUUUAUAUCCCACCAAUUUUCAGCCUUUAUCGCGCCGUCGAAUUGCUAAACAAACAUCGAAUUCAUCGUUUGCCAGUGAUGGAUGAGGAAUCUGGCGAUUGUGCAUAUAUUUUGACACAUCGAAGAAUUUUACAUUAUAUUUGGAAACAUGUAAGAUUUAUUUAUUUCGUAUAUGUAAAUAUACUCAUUUUUCAUUUUUUAAAGUGUGCUCUUCUACCAAAACCUGCGUUUUUGAAUGAGAGAACGAUGGAUCUUGGAAUUGGAUCGUGGCAAAAUUUAUUAUUUGUGAGUAGUAAAUUCAAAUGACUUUGAAACACCAGAAACGAAUAACAAAUAUUUUUCAGGCAAAUGAAGAUACUCCAUUGAUUGAUGUUCUUGAUAUGCUCAUAGAUAAUCGGAUAAGUGGAAUGCCAAUCGUUGAAAAAGGAACUAACAGGGUACCAGAAUUAUCUAUUUUUUAAGAUUUUUAACAUAAUUCUUCAGGUAGUCGAAGUUUAUACAAGGUUUGACGCGGCUGCGGCUGCAUUUUCGGAUAAUAUUGAUCUCAGCGUUUCAGUUACGCAAGCAAUUCAAGAAAAGGAUAAACAUCAAGUUAGUUAGAAACUUCCAGAUAUAUUUUUAUAGAUUUUAAUUUUAUCUCAUCUUCCAGGGAAUUCGUCGGGAUGGUGUUGUCACUGCGCAUUUCAAUAUCACACUAUGGAAUCUUAUUCAAAUUUUCAUUGACAAAAAUGUGCAUAGAAUAUUUCUUGUUGACGAGUUUCUUGUUCUGAAAGUGAGUUUUUUCCUAUAAAAUUGUUACUCGAACUUAUAAAUAAUUUUGAAUUUGCAGGGAAUCAUUUCGCUUUCUGAUAUCACUGAAUUUUUAAUUCUACGGCCAGCUAGACAAAAACCAACAAUUCCUGAAGAAAUUGAAGAAUGA